AUGGUGAAUUCGAUUCCUGUCACUGGCCAAUUCCCAUUUGGCAGCAGCAAACAAGCUUAUCAUCAUUCAAAUGUCACCUGUAUUGAAAGUGAACGGCGUGCCCUUCUUCAAUUUAGACAGGGGUUGAUAGAUGAAUCAAAUCAUCUGUCAUCUUGGAUUGGAAAAAGAUGUUGUUCAUGGGAAGGCAUUAGUUGUCACAAUACUACCGGCAGUGUUUUGAAACUUGAUCUACGCAAUACAGUGCCAUUUUUUGAUUAUGCUGAUGAUGAUCACUGCAAAAAUUGCUUGGGAGGCCAAUUAAAUCCAUCUUUGGCCAAUUUGACCAAUUUGCGAUACUUGGACUUGAGCUCAAAUAAUUUUUUAGGAAUCCAAGUUCCUGCAUUCCUUGGAUUGUUGAAAAACUUGAGAUACCUCAAUCUCUCAAGUGCAGGAUUUGAUGGUGAAAUUCCCCAUCAUUUAGGAAAUCUCUCGCAUUUAAGGUAUUUAGAUCUUGGAGAUUCAAUUUUCUCUCGAGGAUGGAAUUCAUUGAGCACAAAGGAUCUCAGGUGGGUUGCUGGACUCUCUUCUCUAAAAUGCCUAGUCCUGUCCUGGGUGAACUUUACAGACGCUCAAGAUGGGUUCCAGUCAAUUAACAUGCUUCCUUCACUAACAACACUAUACUUGAAUCAUUGUUUUCUUUUCAUCCAUUCUCAUCUUUCACAUGUCAAUUUCACAUCUCUUGCUUCCCUUGAUCUCGGUGAAAAUAAUUUCAACAACUACAUGGUCCCUCCUUGGCUCCGUAAUCUUACUGGCCUCCAUGAUCUUGGUCUUGGUAGAAAUAAUCUUUUUGAUCCAAUUCAUGGCCUGUUUGACCAAAUGACCUCUCUAGUUCAUCUCGAUCUAUCUGCAAACCGCUUUGACGCUUCGACGUUGAAAUCACUUUGUAACAUAAGCAGUCUUACUUAUUUGGAUCUGAGUAAUAAUAAUUUGCAAGGGUCAAUACCAAGUGAAAUCGACCAGCUUUCAAAACUAACUAACCUAUUAUUGUACUCUAGCAGCUUAAAUGGUACCAUACCGACCAAUCUUGGGCAGCUGACGAAGCUACAAGCAUUUGGGAUUAGUUACAAUUCAUUAACCGGCGUCCUAUCUGAAGACCAUUUUACGAAACUCCAAGAGCUAAAGUCACUGGACCUAACUGGAAACUUCCUGGCUCUGAACGUGAGCUCCUCGUGGGUUCCUGCUUUUCAACUCCAAGAAAUUGUGAUGCCAUCCAUUAUAGUGGGACCCAAGUUUCCAGCUUGGCUUCGGACGCAGAAGGAAGUUGAGGUGUUAGACAUGCGGAAUGCGAGCAUUUCAGAUGCCAUCCCCAACUGGUUUCGAGUGCUUUGUUAUAACAUUACGUCAUUAGAUCUCUCCAGCAACAGCCUGACAGGAAAUCCUUUGGAGUUCAAACAAUUGAAGCAUAGUCGUUAUGCUGAUCGAGAUAUAUCUCUAAGCUCCAACAAAUUGGACGGAUCUCUCAAAUCGUUUCCGUUGGAUAUUUCAGCUUUAGAUCUUUCACACAAUUUUCUUACUGGACAUAUUCCACAGCUUGAAGUUGAUCAAACUUCGGUUGUAGAGUCUCUCUCUCUGAAUGAUAACCGUUUCACAGGUACUAUCCCUGAAGACUUGUGCAAGUCGGAAAAUUUAUGUUUUCUGGAUCUAUCUAACAAUCUUCUGUCCGGAAGAGUUCCUCUGUGUCUAGUAAACUUACGAAACCUGUGGGUCCUAGACUUGGCAAAUAACAGUCUAUCCGGUCAAAUUCCGAGUUCACUGGGUAACUUGUCGGGACUUUCUUAUCUGCAUUUGAGUGGAAAUAAAUUCGUUGGGAAGCUCCCUACCUCAAUGCAGAAUAUGAGCAUGUUGCAAACUCUUGAUCUCGGUGACAAUGGAUUGAAGGAUAUUAUACCAGCUUGGAUUGGGGAAAAGUUAUCAAAUUUAAGGUUUCUAAGAUUUCAGUCAAAUAACUUCCAUGGACCUAUUUCCGAUACACUCUGCCAACUCUCACUUCUUCGAGGCUAUAUGGAGAUUACGGCUGUGGUUCACGAGAAAGCCUUCAAGACAUUAAGGGAGGAAGAGAAUUUGAGUAUUACGCAAGUAGCCUUCGGUUUGUUAAAUCCGUAA